GUUACGUGCAUCCAGCAUCGCCAUUACUGUCCAGCAGGGGGCAGCAGAACAAUUCUCCAGGCAGGGUAUAAUUUUGUUAACGGAAGUUCCCACGGAAGAAGAAGAGCAACGAUGGUGCGGGUGAAGUUAAGGUAUUUGCUGUGUGAGGUCAAUGUGUCAGACCGGAGUCGCCUGUUGCUGCUGGAUGACCGAGCUGUGGCAGUGGCAGUGAAGGCAGCGGUGGCUCGUAUGCAUGGGGACUACGGGGCGGCUCUCUGCAGGAUCAGAUUCUCAGUGAAAUAUCUGAAUGCUCUUACAGGAAUAGUGUUCCUGCGUUUCCAUAAAAUGUUUUACAGACUUCUCUGGUCUGCAUUACCUUUCAUCACCUGCAUAGAAACACGAGGGCAGAAAAUCGAAUGUUUUCUCAACUGUUUGCAUGUAGGAGGAACCAUUAGAACAUGUCAGAAGUUUCUGGUCCGAUACAACACCCGGCAGCUUCAUCGAAUGCUUCCAAAAUGUAAAAAUGAAGAAGAAAAAAAACAUGUUCGUGAAGAAAUUCUGAAAUGCUGCCUCACAGAAGGAAAAAGGGAAGAAUUUGUAGAAGAAUCUGACAGUGAGGAAGAUGAAGAGCAAUGAUUUCUCAGCAAAAAGGCAGCUGUGGAGUUCAUUCAGGAUUUGUGUUCCUGACCAAAUUGUGUCAUGAGAUUGACAGAAGGAAAUUCAUUUUGUUUUUGGAGAAUUAGAAAUCCAACUCCAGUGAUGUUCUACAAGUGCACAAAGUUUGACAAAUCUGUCCAGCUGUAUACAUGUCUUCCUCACAUGCACAUUGUCAAACUUUGUAAUACCAAUAACUUGGGCUGCAGAGAGGCCUGCUGGUGGUCAGUAAAAAAGCGGAUAUUGAAUGCGGAUACUGUAUUGGUAUCCCUUAGUUUCCUUUAAAGCUACUUUAAGGAUUUUGUUGUUCAUGAAACAAACUAAAUGUAAUAGUGAUACCUCAUUAUGACUACAUAAUCAAAUGAGACCAUCAACAUUAUGAUUGAUUAAUUGUACAAAGUUACAGCCUUUGGAAAAAUUUUGCCAUGGUGGAUGAGUAUAAAAAACACGCUUCUCAUACAUGUCAAGAAUAAAAUCAGCGUGAGGAAGAACAGCGAUACCACAAACCAAAGCCCCUCAUGGGAGCUGUAAGCAAAUGGAGGGACUGACUUAAGCCUGAAGAAAGAUGUUUUUUUAUUUUCAAAUGACUUUUUUGUAUUUGUACCAUGUUUUGAUCCCAUCUGUUGUAGUUUACAUAUUAAAUUACUAUUUUGAAGAAAAUA